AUGGCUAAAAAGGCCAGCUCUGCUAAGAGGAAGAGUCCAUUUGAUUGUGGUAGUGGUAGUGAUGAUGAUGCUGAUGAUGAUGGGUUUAAAGAGUAUGUGAAAAAGCGUGCUCAUUUGGCUAAGGAAACCAUUAAUAAGUCAAGUGUAAACUAUGAAAUAGAACAGGAUCUAAAAGAGGAGGAUAAAGAGACUCCAAGUCGAUCCAAAUUUAUGAAGGGGUUCAUAAAGGCAAAAAAGCUGAGGGAGCUUGAUAGAUUACGGAAUGAAUCCCUUAAGAUUGAGGUGGAGAGGCAGUUGGACGAUGGUAAUGUUAAGACUAAUGAUGAAAGCUUCGUUACUGAAAGUUAUAAGGAUAGGAAAAGAGCUAUGAAAGAGGUUAUUGAAGGUGACAAGAAGGAGCUAGAAGGAGAGACGGCUGAUGUUUCUGUGGCGUGUUAUGAUUUUAGGACUUCGUUUCUUGAACGAGACUUUAAAGUAAAAGAAAGCACUAAACUUGAUGAACAGCAGCAAUUAUUAUUGCUGAAUCGAGCUUCGCAGCGAAUUGAGAAUGACAUAUAUAUAGCAGAGGAUUUCAAAGAAGUUGCGAAGACUAGGCAUAAGGAUGAUGAUAAUGAUGAUUCAACUACAUAUGCUGAUGUUACUGUUACAACAGAAGCGGUAGAACGAUUCCUCCGAUCCACUAAGACGGAAGAAGAAAUAGAUGGUCUAAAAAAGGGAUAUUGGGAGAGAGUUAAGUUUAAUCACGAAGUCUAA